AUCAAAGAACCAGAUUUAGUUGUGGCACUAGACAUUGGCAGUACGUACUCUGGGUAUGGAUGGCAAACGAGGUAUGACUAUUGCAAUAAAAGAAGCAAUGUGCAGUUCAAUACCAACUGGGAUUCAGGCGCUCAGCAGCUCCAUAAGACUACUUCAUGUGUGUUAUUGGAAUGGGACUGUGACAGCCAGAACAGUUGCGAGCGAGGUACAAUUAAUAAGGACCAGUCCCCGGAUGAUUUCAAGCAAAUUGCAAACAAUUACAAACUAAUAGGAUUUGGACAUAGAGCUGAGAGAUUGUACCAAAAAAUCUUAAAGGAGAAUGCAAUAGACAAGAUAAUUGGAAAAUGGUUCUUCUUCAAACGAUUCAAGCAUUUGCAUUAUUGUGACGAAUUCCAUCAAUCCAUGGACGCUGAAGACCAUUUUGGGCAACAUGUGCCACUAAUUGUGGUAAUGUCAAUGUUAAUAAGAAGUUUGAAGAACCAUUUUAUGACAAACGUUCAAGAGCCUACGAAAAAGACGCUAUGGGUAGUUACAGUGCCAGCGAUAUGGACUGAUGAUGCAAGGAAGUUUAUGCGAGAGGCAGCAGAAAUGUGUGAUAUCAAAAGCAAGAACCUUUUGUUAGCCAAUGAACCGGAAUCCGCAGCAGUUUAUUGCAUGUUCCUACCUCAAGGGAAACUUAACAACAUGGAAACUUUGGAUCUUACAGGUCAAACGUUCCUUGUGGCCGAUCUUGGAGGUCUCACUGCCGAUUUAUCUGCUUUGAAAGUUUUGGAAAAUGGACUCCUUGAAGAAGUCGUCGCAACUACUGGGGACGUAGUUGGAGGGCAAAAUAUUAACGACUGUUUCUUCCAAGUAUGUCAAGAGAGUUUUAGGGGAGAUGGAUGGCGAAAAAUCUUGUCUAGCACGAAGCCUGAAGAAAUGCUUCAAAUGGAAUCGGAUUUUGAGUCAAAGAAGGUAGUUAUUGGUACCGAUGAUCCAGACGAUGAAUACAUAUCUCUCAAAGUUCCUGCCGCCGUUAAGGAAAACCUAGAAAGAAAAGAAAUUACUCUCAUGGAUAAGGCAGAAAAAGAGCACUGCUUUAACUUCAAAGAUAUGGAGUUUUCCUUUGAGUCACAAUAUGUAAGGAAUGUUCUGUUCAAUGAGACGUGUUCACGCAUAUAUACGAUAAUAAAAUGCGAGCUAGAAAAAGAGAAGUUGAAAGACUGCGAGACUCUUGUCCUCGUAGGAGGAUUCUCACAGUCCCCCAUUGUCCAAAGAUAUAUCAAGGCGCAGACAAAGAAGGAUUUUCCAGCGGUAAAAUUUAAAUCACCAACAUCCCCAUUUCAGGCAGUUUUAAAGGGAGCUGUGAUAUUUGGACACGACCCUUCGAUCUUCAGAAGUAGAAUCAGUAGAUGGACAUUCGGAAUAGAUGUACAAGUUCGUUUUGACGGAAAGGUUCACGACGCCGAGAAGAGAGUUAAGAAUACAGAAACAGGCAAACACUAUUGCAAAGACAUAUUUGAUAUACACGUACAGAAGGGCGAGUCCAUCACAUUAAAUGCGCAACGAAAAACGUUUAAAUACUCUACCUUGUAUGAAUACCAGACGUCAAUGAUGAUUGCUAUAUACAAAUCCGAAUCAACGGAUCCCAAGUACGUAACUGACAAGGGAUGCGCAAAAAUUGGAUACAUUGAAGUACUUUUGCCGGAGAGAAGAAAAGUCAGAAAUGUUGCCGUGUCUAUGAUUUACGGGGGAACCGAAUUAGCUGUCAUAGCUAAAGACUGUGAAACAGAAGAAGAAUGCAAAACAGACAUUAAAUUCACGAACAUGGAGAACAAAAUGGAAUCGAAAACGUUGCAAGUUAGUAGACACGAUGAAUCAACAUGUACAACAUUGUAAAAUCUCGUUGGACCGUUUCACAAAAGAAAGCAAAUUUCAAACUGAGCAGAGAGAUGUUCAAGCACUCCCACUUUGUGUGACAAAACCACAUAUGAGACCAAUAAAAUAAAAAAAGGAAACUUUACAGGUCGCUCAACACGGCAAAGAUGAAACAUGCUGCAGGCUCGGUUUGAUUGAGCCUGUUCUAUGACGACAGUGGAAAUGCAAAACUUAUUGUGAAUAUUUUGAAUAAUAUAUGUUCAGUUUUGAAAUCAUGAGUAAAACAAAGUAAUUAUGUAAGCGCUUAUGGAAUAACUUCCAGUCUGCGAUGAAUUUAAUGCGAUAUGAGGUCAGUAUGAUGAAGAUCGCUUCUCUAUUGACUAUCUGUAAUGAAAAGAAAUAACAAUUUUGAAAAUUUAGAUACUAGGAAUUCCAAUGGUGUUUUUUUUUAUUUCAAUGCACAUUUUAUACAUGUUAUUGAUCUCAGUGCACUGACAAAAAUAUGAAAGUACCAUGUCGAUUUAGAUACAUCUCCUGAGGUUAAACAUGAAAUUAAACAAUAUGUAUUUCAACGACUUAUUGCCUCAUAUUUAGUUUCAAACAUAUAUCCCAAAAUGAUUCAUAACAUUAUUCACGAAUGGUGGCAUAAACAAAUUGGCUGUUCAGAUGCUUAGCAACUAGGAUAUGUGUAUCAAAGCAACAUAUUGGAAAACUUUCAAUAUUAUUUUUUUCCUUUAAAAUAAUUAUGUAUAUGUUAUGUAAAUAGAACAUUAUUAUGAUGGACAGAUGUGAACUGUAAGAAUCCAGGGGCGGGUAUUGAUGGUAAAUAUACAUUAUAAUCAUACGAUCCAUGGUUAUGGUUUAUAUUACACGUAACACCGCUGGCGGCAUGAUUUGUUCUGGUAUAUAUUAUAUACCUGUAUGAUGCAUUUAAUUAUUCAGAAUGAUUCUUGCAUUUAUUCUCAACAAACUCUGUUCAGGUGCGUAGCGGUGCAUACUAGAAUAUAUAUACAUUUUUAUGAAAAUGUGAGUUUUUGUUUAUAGAAAACAAAUGUUCUUUAUAAUAUUUUGAGUGAUUAUGUGCGAGGUAACUCAGCAGAAUGUAAUCAAUCAUAAAAUAAUAUUAUUGUGUACUAUAUUAAAAUAAAAUGUUGUUUUAUGAUAUUACGCUGAUACAUCUUUUUGAAAAACAAGGACGGAUAAUAACCAGCUUUAUUAGUCCCCUACCGGUGGAACACCAGAGGGGACUAAAGGAAUGACCGCCGUCCGUUCGUCCGCCCGUCUGUCUGUCUGCAAAUCUGAAUGCUAUAUUCAAGCUAGGUUAAUAUAAUUUGGUGUGUGAGUAGAGGGCAAUAUGUAUAUUAUGCAUUUACAUGACCUAUGCUUGUGGGUCAAAGUUCAAGGUCACUAUUGAAGGGGAAGUAGAAAUUGUUUCUGGUCCAUAACUUUAUAUGCAUUGAUGGAUUAUAUUAGUUUGAAUUGCAUUGAAGGAUUUUUAUUACUACACAGAAAUGUGCCCGAUGGUUAGACUAUGUGUCGAGCACUUGAUCCAUUAUUAUCGGUCAAAAGUCAAGGUCACUCUUAAUGGUCUAGUAAAACUGUUUCCGCUCCAUAACUUUUACGUGCAUUGAUGGAUUAUCUUAGUUCUACACAAUUUGUUCCCCGUAGUGAGACAUUGUGGCGCGUACAUGAUCUAUGCUUGUAGGGUAAAGUCACUAUUUAAAUUUAAGUAAAAAUAUAAUUUUUGUUUCUUAGCUCCUGUACGAAUGGAAGCUUUUUUAGAUCUAACACUGUUGCCAACAACCACAAGGGACGAUCACUAACACAGUUUCCCACCGGUAGGGGACUUCUGCAUUGCCACUGCAACACUCAAUAACUUGUUAACUAACUUGCUGAUGAUGUGUUGUUAAGUAAGAGAUAAAUGUACGAAAAUCACACAAAAUUUGAUACAAAAUAGUGGAGAGGAAAUAACAUUAGCGUCUCAAAUGAAUUCAUUAAUAUACAAGGCUCUGCGGAGCAUAACUUUUUAAUUGCAACGCGUUUGAUAAAUACAAUUUGAAAAGGCAUAGAUGUGAUAUUCUUUUUAUUACAUAUUAGCUUUUCAUAGUGUAAUAUCCAAUUUUCUUCCUUCUUUACCUAUGAUAGAAAUUUAAGUCAGUUCGACCAACGUUUUUUUUUUUUGUUGUUGUUUUUUGUUGCUUUUUUUUGUUGUUAUUUUUAUUUUUUUUUUUUUUUUUUUUAAAGACGUCAAAGUCGAAGCUGAAUACGCUUGUGUAAUACCAGAAUUAUGUGCAAUAUGCCGUGAGACACCCACCUCGUUUGUACAUUUUGUAUGUUAUUGGUGCGUAUUUAGUGUUUUUAAUUCAUUUUAAAACUAUUAAUUCAAGUAUGGUGCGCAUUUGAUUGUUUUAGUACAACUGAUUCUAUUUUGGAUCUAUGACUGGCACUGUCAAAUUAUAACAUUUUGUAACAGUUAAAAACUUACUCUUAGGUCACUUCAUUUAAGGACAUGUUUUGUUUCGACCAAUUAACUACAUUUAUGCUUUCUACGCUGUAAUUAAGCGGGAAAGUGAUUACAUAUACUCCAUGUCAUUUAUCUUUGGAAGAGUUUCGGCGCUUGGUUUAAACAUAUUUAUUCAUCUAUAUUGUAUCUCAUAGUAAUUACAAUUAUACAGUUUUGCACAAAGUAUAGACAAGUGGAUUGAAUUGAAAGCUUAAGCAUAUAGAAAUUCUUUCCACUGCAUACUUAGUAUUGGUACAAGAUAUGGCGAUCUAAAAGAAUAAUUGGACAAAAUAAGACUGUAUGAUGAAAUUAGUUUUCUUUUAUAUAACUUUAAAUUUAAAGUAAUGAAAAUGGAGAUUAAAGAACUGAUGUAGUAAUAAUGUUGCGCUUGGUUAUUUCAUUUUGUGUCUUAUUGCAUUAGAAACAUGGAUUAAUACUGUAACAACUGUGUUUUUUGUUGUUUUUUUAAUACUUUAUUUUUUCAUUUUCUGUUUUCUCAUUUUUUAUUAAUUUUUUUUUUGUUGCUGUUUUUGUUGUUUUUUUUUUUUGUUUGUUUU